AUGGGGGAACCAAGAGAAUUCCAAGCAGUCACCAAAAUCCUCAACUCUAUGGUGGAUUCUUACUCAGAAGACGUCCCAUUCCUUUUCCACGAAUUUUUCGACCGAUACAUCCACGAAAUCUUAUCAGGCGCCAAAAUCCACGCGGACCGGCGAAAUAAUACAAUUCAGCCUCGUGACAUCAAAGUAUCUAUAGAUUUCCGUACCAAAUUUGCAUUUAAAGCCAGAAUGUCCAAGCCAGAGCUUCAAAAUCUGGCUGUAAAGAGGGAAAAAAUAAAGCUUCCAAUCCCAGGUGACCGAACAGGAAUUUUAUUGCCAUCUGAAGAGCAUUGUUGACUAUCAAAAAAUUAUCAGUUAAUAAGAGACCAUGACAUGAAUUUAGUUUUUUCUUUCAAGGCCAAAACUGUUGCUUCUUUUCUUAGUUUUUUUUCUUCUAAGCCUUGCUUAUCAUUGGUUGCAGUGGAUGAUACUACAGUUGCUAAAGACAGUCGGCCUGAUAAUUGUUUUUCUAACUCAAGCUUGAGGCUACUAAUUUGGCUUUUGAAAAAUUGUGUACACAAUUUUUCAAAACUUCAAAAGCAUCGCAUUGAAGGACAUUUUGAUUUCUAUAAAAUCUGAAUUAAUUUUCCUCCAUUGAAUUUUUUUCUUCUAAAGAUUUUAUUUUGGAAUUAA